CCGCGUCGGUGGUUGCGAAGAAAAGAAAAGAAAUAGUAAAGAAGACGCAGCAGCUACUUCUCAUUUCAUUUACAGGCAUUUUCCUCGGUGGAUGCUAUGUCGAGUCUUCCAGACGAGAUAUGGAGUCGUAUUAUAGAAAUCGGAACGGAAAAGAAGAUAUUGAGUUGCAGAGACGUAUGCUGCAUCUCAAUGUCCUGCAGACGCUUCUGCAGGCUCUCCAACGACGAUUCCAUCUGGUCUAUCUUGUUCUCCCUCGAUUUUCCCUCCCCCAAAUCCCUCUCCCUUUCCACCAAUCCCUCUCCCAAAUCCCUCUACAAAUCCAGGUUUGAGACGGAGAGAGCAUUGAAGGUUGCGGCCUAUCGACGUGCUGUCCUUAAUAUCGAGAGUCAGAUUGCAAUUUAUUCGAUGAACCUUGAAAAAUUGCAGCUACAAUUGGUUGGAGAGAAGGAGAAAAUGAAGGCGGUGAUGUCGGAAUUGACUAAUUUGGAGAAGGUCAGGCAAGCAUCUGUAGCCUUGAAUGUUUGGCAGCCAGAAACUAUUCGUGGUAGGCAAAAACAGAUUGUUGAGCAAUGUGUUGUACCUGUUGAGUAUCGCAUUGAUGCUCUACACAUGGAACUUAGAGUGUGCAAGAUGCAGAUUGAGAUAUUCAAUAAGAGCUAUGAAGAUGAAAAGUGCAAGCUCAAAGCAGGCAAGGAAGGGUUGGCAUCUUUGAAAUAUCACCCAUUACAUGACUACCAGUCAGGGAGAGGAAUUGAUGGUCGCAACUUGAAACGGAAGAAGAGGAAUUUGAAGAAGUAAUGCCAUGAAUCUGAUACAAAAUCACAUCAAGCAGUCCAAAGAUGCAGAUAUGUUGCAUGAGUGGCACUGGCAUCUCUUCUCAUGUCCUGCUGUUGGUGCCACCAUUUCACAUUUCCGGAGAAAAUCGAAAAGGAUUGACACUGCUCGAGUGACUCGACGCUUAAGCUUUAGUAUCAUGUGUAAGUCAUUUACCUGUAUAAACCAUAAAUCCCAUCCCUAACCCUAAUCCGAUACGUCCCGUUGACACAGGUCAUGUAGACUGGUAUUUAGCAGGGACUGUAUGUUCUGUCACUGAGGACAUGUAAUAUGCCUGGGUAUGCAGUUUGUAGAGUUCGGUCGGGCCCAUGUUUUUUAGGUAUGUGUAGGGAACCUGGAAAGGCCAAUAUUUUUUUGGCCUGAGCCUCAUCCCUCAAGCACAGUCCAUUAAGCAAUUUCACAUGGAUUUUAGUAGUAUGUAAAAGACUUGUAUGCUAAAAUGUGUACUUUGUAUCA